CCAAACACAAACAAUGGCAACCAUUGGCUACGCAGCACCAGAGUUUGGAAUGGAUGGCAAAGUGUCAAUAAAAGGGGAUGUGUACAGUUUUGGGGUACUACUGCUAGAGAUGUUCACUGGAAAGAAGCCAACGGAUGAUAUGUUCGGUGAAGAAAGGAGUUUAAAAGAGUGGGUAAGUGAAGCAUUAGAGCAAAAUGCAACAGCUGAAAUCGUGGCGUCUACUUUGUUAUCAACGGAAGAUCAAUAUUACUCUGCAAAGGAGCUAUGUUUGUUGUCAAUAUUUCAAUUGGCAAUGAAAUGUUUAGCCGUUUCAGUAGAUGAAAGAAUCAAUAUGAUUGAAGCAGUGGCCAGUCUACACAAUAUCUAUACAACAACUGUAGCAGGUAAUGGAGCUUGAUUCUUGUAUCCUUUCUGGAAUUUCA